UUCUGUGUUACUCAAGAAACCGAGCACUUAGUGCAAUCAUCAAAAGCCAACCAUCUGAAUCCUACUCGGCUGAUAGUCAAAAACAGCCAGCUCUCAGAGUUCAACACUCUCCAUCAUGGCUGUGAGACACGCAGUCAUGCUCCUGGUGGCAGUUUUCCUCUUCCUGCCAGGUCUCACACAUGGCUUCCACACAGCUUUUUCUACUAGUGCAAAUCAUCGUGACAUCACCAAAAGGGCAGUUCUCAGAAAGACAGCUGAGGUCUGCCGAGACCUUGCUGCUGCUGGUGGACGCGACUUUAACCUGAAUAUUGAUGACAACCUGUCAGUUAGUCAGGUGCAAAGGGCCUGUUUCACCUCGUCCACCUCCACUGCUCUGCUCUCUACCGACAUCUUCGAAACUGCCCUUAGCGCGAUCUAUGGUAGCAAUGAAAAAGUGGAUUUCUCACUGGUAGAUGUACCUGAGUUCCAUUUUCACAGUGAGGCCUUCCUGGGAGGACGAGAUAUCAUCACAAAAAGCAUGUCUGUCCUGAAGGCUAGUGUGAAGUCAGAGAACUUUGUUACUGCAAGGGAGAUUCUUGGACAAAUUUGUCACAUAAUUCAGGACUUUUACAGCCACAGUAACUGGGUGGAGCUGGGGAAAACCACUCCUUACACCACUCUGAUCAAACCAGAUCAACCUUUUGAAAACUUGGCAGGUCCACGUACUUCAACCUGUAAGAGCUGUACGGGAGAUGUUUGUGCUGACAACAUUUUGCCUGAAGUGCUGAAACAGGGCCUCCUGACCUCAGGCUAUUUUAGCAGCUUCUUUUCAUUGAAGCCUGAUGGUAAAUGUAGUCAUGGUGGGUCACUUGACAAGACAAGCAAAAGGGACCCAGUUGGGGGCAUCAAUAAGGAUUCUGUUGAUUCAAGUCAUGGCACAUUUCACCAAAAAGCAGCUAAUCUGGCAGUGGAUGCCACUAUGCAACUGUUGGAAGACAUCAGACUAGCUGUUGGAGACAAGAACUUUCUGCGAUUGAUGGGCCUCUCCCACUCCUAUGCACUGUGUUUUGUCAUUGAUACUACAGGCAGUAUGAGUGACGACAUUGCUGCAGCAAAGAAAGUUUCCUUUGAUAUAAUUGACAACAGCAAAGGAACACUACAGGAGCCCUCUGAAUACAUACUGGUACCUUUCAAUGAUCCAGACUUUGGGCCUGUGAUUAAGACAACUGAUGCAACCAACUUCAAAGACCAAAUCAACAGGCUCACUGCGUCUGGAGGAGGGGACGAACCAGAGAUGAGCUUGUCUGGCCUGCAACUUGCUCUGACAUCAGCUCCACCAUCCUCUAAAAUCUAUGUCUUCACUGAUGCCUCAGCCAAAGAUUCCCACCUGAAAAGCACCAUCAAUGCCCUUAUAGAGAGAACCAAGUCUGAGGUAACUUUCCUACUGACAAAUGUUCUAGCCGUUCGUCGGCGCCGCAGUAGUGAUGGUCAAGGUUUGUCAUCUCGUGCACUGUCCCAGUCAAAUACCCAGCUAUAUCGUGACCUAGCUCAAGCUUCUGGAGGUCAGGCCAUUGAAGUCCCAAAGUCAGCUCUUUCCCUGGUCACGGCUGUUAUAAAAGAUUCAUCAGCUGGUGCUGUGGUGACAGUUUUCCAGGUAGCAAUGGAUCCUGGACGGCCUGAUAAUUUUAACUUUACAGCUGAUUCAUCAAUAAACAUGAUCGUUUACAUCACCGGCGAUUCAGCUCUCACCUUCAGUCUCACCAGUUCAACAGGAGUAUCUCAGACAUCAAGUCAGCUUGAUGGUCCUCUGGCAUCCUUCACCACAGUGGGAAACCUACGCAGAAUAAGUCUCAAGACUCAAAAUCAAACAGGUUUUUGGGGAAUCAGUGUCAACUCUAAUAAUCCCUACUCUAUUAAAGUCACAGAUCAAAGUUCUGUGAACUUCAUCUAUACCCUUGUGGAAGUACAGCAGGGAACCGAAGGCAGCAUCAGUCCCAAGGAAGGACGUCCUGCUACAGGUGGUAAUAUCACUCUCCUGGUCACUGUGACUGGAAGUGACACCGCAACAGUUACAGAGGUCACUCUCUUUGACAGCUCAAGACGAAAGGAGCUCACCGGAUCAAUACAGGCAUUAGAAAGCAGCAACUUUCUGGUAACAUUCAAAGAAGUCACAGCAGGAGACUUUGUAGUCCGACUGAGAGGUGAAGACACCAGCUCCACAUCCCGGUCUGCUUCAUAUACCUUCCAGAGACAAGCCUCGACCCGGAUCACGACAUCCAGUCUCUCUGUUACUGCUCAAGCUAACACAACCAACAUAGAACCAGGCACUACCAUCUCCAUUCCUUUUACAGUGUCUUCAGUUGAAACUGGGACAUUCACAGUGCGAGUCAGCAAUGACCGUAGCUUUGGUAUUACCUCACCUGCAAAUGUCAUUAUUGCACCAAGUGAUGGAGGUAAAGCCAAUGGAACCAUAAGUUUAAGUGUUCCAGCCAGCACUGCAUCAGGCACAGAUGUGACCCUUACUAUUCAGGCACAAAAUGCAGAUGCCACUGACAUCAACUAUGCUAUCCUCCGGUUUUCUGUGACUGCCAAGGUUACAGAUUUGUCCAGUCCAGUCUGCCAGGUAGUCAAUAUAUCAGGUAUUUGUAAUGUCUCCUCCGUCCUCUGUGAGUUUUCUGAGUGGAAGUUCAUUGCUAAUCUCACCGAUGGCAUCAAUGGGACUGGCAUUGCAAGUAUCUCCCUCCGCCAAGGGAAUGGUACUCUUAAUACUACCACAGUGGUUGGACCUGACACUGAGAUUACCAAAUUGGUUACCUACACUGCCUCCUGCUGCUCACAGAAUGUGGAGCUGGCUGCCGUGGACAAAGUAGGAAAUGUGGGGACAUGUGUGGGACAAGCUAGAGUACUUACCACACCUGCUACAACUACUCCUCUAAUUACAACUACCCCUGAACCUACAACUACGCCUGUACCUACAACUACUCCUGUAACUACAACUCGUCAAGUGACCGAAACUACUACUAUAAAUACAACUUCUCCUGUCACUGCACCAUUUAACACAACAUCCACUGGAGGGCACACAAUGAGCAUAACACACUGUGUCUGGAUCAGUGUUGUUUUUUCUCUCCUUUGUAAAUAA